CACCAUCAUAAACUAGGGUUUAAGCUAUCUGGCUAGUGAGAUCUUUGGGUCACAGAAGAAAAUGGCAUCCAAUUCUGCAAGAAAUUUUCUUCAAAGAUCCACAACAUCGGCCAAAUCAUUUCUCUUUGACUGCCGAAAAACCCAAUCUCCACUUUCCUUUGCUUCGUCUAGAUCCCAGUUCGGUGGGCUCCCACCCACGAACCCCACUCCUUCUUCUCGCCUUUGUCGGUCCCACCAUUCCUUCUUCUCCUCCAGGCUACCAGUGGAGUUGGUUUGUGCUCAAUCUUUGAUGCCUCUGCACUCUGUAACUGCUUCUGCUUUGCUCAAGUCCUUACUUUCUUCAGAAGUUGGUCAAUGGGGUUGUCUUUCUGAAGGAUUUGCAACGCCACUAUAACAGGGCCUUCAAGUUCUUUGGCAUACUCACAGAUGCUGGGAAGACAACCUCUGGAUGUUGCUUAUUCUGUUCUUUUAUCUGAGAACAAUUUCUUGGAACUCCAAAAGGAUCAUACAUUAUUAGUUUUGUAAGGCAGUGUUUGCAUCAUUGCAUGACCAUUACAUCUUGAGAUAGUCCAAAAGCUAUGUAUCUUUCUUGAAGGAGAAUCAGAUUGAAUAAUUUUGUUUCGUUGUUCAUUUGAUUGAUCCCAUUGACAGUAGUUAUAUUUCAGUUGUUGGUUGGUUAUAUUUUGUGUAGUCCAAAGUUGAGAAUAUUCUCUUGAAG